GUUUAAGAGUUUUUAACGCUGGUGAGAAUGACAGGCGGCCACCCACAUCAGAGUCUGCUGAGUGAGAGAGUCAAGGCGGUGAUGCGAGUUCCCCACUCUUUCCUUCUUGUACAAAAUUUCCUCUUCCUUCCCGUUCGUGGUUGUAUGUCGGCUCUAUAAUAACACAACUAACCACUACAUCUUUACACUCACAUAUAAACACUAAUUGGUGACCGGUUACACGCGUUAAAGAGGAUUUCCAAACGCGUUUCGACUUUUUUUUUCUUCUUUUCUUCUAAUUGCCGUGUUUAAUGGGAGCUGCACCCCGCACUAUCCACGGAACCGCAGCGCAACAACACAAAUAAUUCACACGAAGAGUGAAAUUAGAGAACUUUUAGGAGGAUUUGACAAACUUUUAACGAAGUUAAUGGAGGGAUGCUGGGUUUUAUUGGUGCGCACAAGGCAGGUGUCCCUGAAGGCGCCAUGGACCAACUUGGAUACAGCUAGAGCCCCUUUUUGAAAGGAGCAGAAUCCAUUUCCAUCAGAUGACUGGAAGCGCUGUCCGUGGUGAGCGAGGACCAGCCCAUAUUCGAGCCGCCCUACAACGCAGUGCACAUGAAGGCCGAGAUGACGUCGCCCGGCGGGUUCAGCCACGCCUCCAAGCAGAGUCCCGAGCCCACCGAGCCGGAGUGGGUCGGGUCAGCGGCUCAAAACCCUGGCAAAAGAGGAGAACACGUCAAUGGAACCAGCCGUGAAUCCCCUGUGGACUGCAGCGUCACCAAGCGCUCCAGACACAUGAGCAACGACGGGGCCCCGAUGCCGUACCAGUCCUCGUACCCGGAGCCUCGCGUCAGCCCACAGACGGCCACCCCACCCACCAGCGCCACAGAGGAGAAGAGGGUCAUCGUGCCGGCAGAUCCAGAGGUUUGGACACAGGACCAUGUGCGGCAGUGGCUGGACUGGGCCAUCAAGGAGUACGUCCUGGAGGAAGUAGACGUCAUGCUCUUCCAGGCACUGGACGGCAAGGCCCUUUGCAAGAUGACCAAGGACGACAUGAUGCGUCUCACGUCGGCCUACAACGCAGACAUCCUGCUCUCUCACCUCAGUUACCUCCGGCAGAGUAGCCCUACGUUCUCAUACUCCACAACUCCUACCAACACCACACCACCACUACCACCACCACCUCCACCACAACAACCCAGACUACAGGUGAAAGCAGAGAGCGGUUUUGAGGAGAUCAGCUGCAGGAACAGCUGGGCGGCAAACACCAUGAGUGCAGUGCCAAAAGGUCCCUCCAUGGAGCACCAACACAGCUCAAGAGUUACAGAGCCUGCUGCAAGAAUUGUCCAAGACCCGUAUCAGACAUUAGGGCCCAUAAGCAGUCGACUUGCCAACCCAGAAGGCCAAGCCCUCAGCUCAUCCAAGAACCGAACAGCCAAACAAAGUCCAUACAAGCUCCCUGACCCCAGCGCUCACAGGCCUGUGGGUUCGGGGCAGAUCCAGCUGUGGCAGUUCCUGCUGGAGCUGCUGUCCGACAGCAACAACGCCGGCAUCAUCACCUGGGAGGGCACCAACGGCGAGUUCAAGAUGACCGACCCGGACGAGGUGGCCAAGCGCUGGGGCGAGCGCAAGAGCAAGCCCAACAUGAACUACGACAAGCUGAGCCGCGCUCUGCGCUACUACUAUGACAAGAACAUCAUGACCAAGGUGCACGGAAAGCGCUACGCCUACAAGUUUGACUUCCAAGGCAUCUCGCAGGCACACCAGAAUCACUCAGCAGAAGGGGGGAUUGUUAAGUACCAGACUGAGAUGUCUUACGUGCAGCCCUACCACAGCCACCAGCCCAAAAUGAACUUCAUGGGUGGCCAUCCUGCACCUAUGCCAGUCUCCCCCGGCAACUUCUUCAGCCCGCCGUCGACGUACUGGAACUCACCCAACAGCCCAAUCUAUCCUGGGUCAGCCAUGACCAGGCAUCCCACCACCCACUCCCACCUGAGCUCGUACUACUGAGGACGACGCCUUUCACACCGGAACGGGAUAACGCGAGAGAGGAACCCAAAUGUAGUGGAAAACACAUUUACUCCAUUCAGGAUGCACCCGAGCUGAACCCGGUCUGAAAUGGAUGUAUGACGCCAGGGGUCUGAUUUUAUAAGGGCGUUGUUUUUGUUUUAGUCAUAUUCCUUCUUAAAAACGGAUAAAACUCGAGGGGUUAAAUAACUGCGAGGAAUGCAAGGGAUCGGUAUUGUACGCCUCCCAAGAUUUUUAUAAAUAUACUGAUUAACGGUUAUUCAGAUGUUAUGAAACCAAGUUUAUUUUGUAAGUACCUUGUUUGUUUUGUACCCGUUGUAAAGCCAUUGCCUUUACUGUGCGAGUAGCCAACGGUUUUGAAACUGUUAUUUGACACUUUUCGUCGAAACUACAGAUAUCACAUUCAAAGACCUGACAUUUGUAAAAGAAAAAUUGUAUAGAAUGAUGGUUAUGUAGCAAUAUAACAUUUACUCACGAUGUAAAGCUAAUAAACGAUGCUUGUAUCUGAAAA